ACAUGGCUGUUAAUUGAUCAUUCCGACUACUCUGUUCAUUAUCCAGCUUUUAAACUCUUAGUACUUUAUUAGGCUUUUGGGCUUUUGUAUUAUCAUCAUCUCUCCGUCUGUCUCCGAAAAGCUAGCCGGCGGCACCCGGGUAUCGGAGACUAAUCAGGGAAUCGAGGAAACUUGAGGGAAAAUAUGAAGGUUUUUGUUAAGACUUUGAAGGGUACUAACUUCGAGAUCGAAGUAAAACCUGAAGACACGUUGUUUGCUUGUGGAUUUGAUGUUCUCCUUUUUGGAAGUUCACUAGUAGCCGAUGUCAAGAAAAACAUAGAGACAGUACAGGGCGCAGACAUUUACCCUGCGGCACAACAGAUGCUUAUUCAUCAGGGGAAAGUUCUUAAAGAUGGCACAACACUGGAAGAAAAUAAAGUUGCUGAAGAUAGUUUUAUUGUCAUAAUGUUAAGCAAGAGCAAGGUUCCAUCAAGUGGAGCAUCAACCGCAUCAGCUGCACCUCCAAGCCAAGCCCAAUCUGCAAGUUCUUUACCUUCUAGUGCAACACAACCAUCAACUACUCAAGCUCCUGCAUCAACUACUCAAGCUCCUGCUCAAGCUCCUGCAUCAACUACUCAAGCUCCUGCUCCAACUGUGGCACCACCACAACCUGCCACUGAAUCUACACCUGCUGUUGUUAAUUCUACUUCCAGUUCAGAAUCAGAUGUAUAUGGACAAGCGGCAUCAAAUCUUGUUGCAGGAAGUAAUUUAGAGACCACCAUUCAACAGAUACUUGACAUGGGUGGAGGCAGCUGGGACCGUGAAACUGUUGUACGGGCUCUACGUGCUGCAUUUAACAAUCCUGAAAGGGCUGUUGAAUAUCUUUAUUCUGGCAUUCCUGAGCAAGCUGAAGUUCAACCAGUUGCCCGAGUUCCAGCUAGUGGGCAGGCUGCAAAUCCACCAGCCCAUGCUGAACAACCAGCAGCACCUACCAGUGGUGCGCCUAAUGCAAAUCCUCUAGAUCUAUUUCCACAGGGCCUUCCUAGUAUGGGUUCCAAUGCUAGUGCAGGCACCUUGGAUUUUUUGCGCAACAGUCAACAGUUCCAAGCAUUGCGGGCUAUGGUGCAAGCAAAUCCCCAAAUCCUGCAGCCUAUGAUUCAGGAGCUUGGGAAGCAAAAUCCACAUCUUAUGCGGCUCAUUCAAGAGCAUCAGGCUGACUUCUUGCGCUUGAUAAAUGAACCUGUUGAAGGAGAAGGGAACCCACUUAGCCAGUUGGCCUCUGCAAUGCCACAGGCUGUAACCGUUACUCCUGAGGAGCGUGAGGCAAUCGAGCGUCUUGAAGCAAUGGGCUUUGAUCGAGCCCUAGUGUUGGAGGUAUUCUUUGCUUGCAACAAGAAUGAAGAACUGGCAGCUAACUAUCUAUUAGAUCAUAUUCAUGAGUUUGAGGAAUGAACAAAAUUCAAUUGUCGUCCAGCUUCUCUUCCAUUCUUCCAUGUUGGAUAAACUUGGUUUUCUCUUUAUGUACCUUAUCCCAACUAUUUGUCUUGUGGAAUCUUUUUUAUCCUUGGACGAACAUGGCACAUUCUCCUUUUUAUGUUCAAAUAUUGGUCACCAUCUUAUUUAUACAAAUUUGUGUUGGAAUAUGGCUAA